AUCUCGACGACCAUUGGCUGACUCUGCGCUACUAUCUGAAAUCAGUGUUUUGUUUUGCAAAGUGCCGAUUUGCUAAAAUUUGUGGAUUAACGCCAGUAGAAGAUGGCGUGAAGUAAGCUACAUACAAGCAGAAUGCCCAUGCCCGCUCACCAUAAACAAUUUAUUAAAGAAGCAAGCGAUAAUUUAUGUAUACACGGGUGAUAAUUAAGUUGAAAUCGAAGAAAAUAUGCAACGACAUUAAAUCAAAUUUGCAGAAUGACAGAUGACUAAAUAAUUUCGAAUUCAUUAACAAGUUCUUCAGAAAAACAGUAAAAUAGAUCGUUUAAUGUUAAAUUCAUCAAAAUGGACCAAAGAAAAACUACGUCCUAUAAAUAUUUAUACAUAGCAUUUGUUGUAAUGCUAUACUGGAUUAUUUCUAUUUCAAUGGUCUUUGUCAAUAAAGUAUUGUUAUCUAGUGAUAAGAUACAUCUUAAUGCUCCACUUUUUAUUACCUGGUUUCAAUGUGUAACAAGUGUGAUAAUUUGCCUAAGUCUGAAAGUUUUCUCAAAUAUUUUUCCUCAAUAUGUUUCAUUUCCAGAAGGAACCCCAUUUUCAUUUAAUGUUAUUGGAAAAGUUCUACCAUUGUCAGUUUUGUUUAUUGGUAUGAUAGCAAGUAACAAUCUCUGUUUGAAAUAUGUUGGAGUUGCCUUUUAUUUUAUUGGAAGGUCAUUAACAACUGUUUUUAAUGUGAUAUUCUCUUACACAAUUUUAAGAGAAAAAUCUUCUCUCAGAAUAAUUAUAUGUUGUUUAGUUAUAAUUUUUGGUUUUUGGUUGGGUGUAGACCAGGAAAAUAUAGCAGGUUCUUUUUCUGUACUUGGAACAUUGUAUGGAGUUCUUGGAUCUCUUACACUUUCUUUAUACUCAAUUUAUACCAAAAAAGUACUUCCAGUAGUUAAUCAAGAAAUUUGGCUACUGUCUUACUACAAUAAUGUUUACAGUAUUGUACUAUUUCUGCCAUUGAUGUUCUUUAGUGGAGAAUUUCACGUUUUGAAUAGUUACAACAAAUUACAGGAUUAUGACUUUUGGUGUGCAAUGUUGAUUGGAGGUAUAUGUGGAUUUGCAAUUGGAUAUGUGACAACAUUACAAAUUAAAGUAACAUCUCCACUAACUCAUAAUAUCAGUGGUACUGCUAAAGCUUGUGUACAAACUAUUCUUGCCACUUAUUGGUACAAUGAAACAAAACCAUUUUUAUGGUGGUUAAGCAACAUUAUUGUAUUGGGUGCCAGUGCGAUGUAUGCAAAAAUAAAACAAUUAAAUAUGAAAAAUGUACAUAACAAGGCUGGUUCUUAUAAUAAAAUAUAAUAAUUUUUUCUGUAAAACAAAUUUUUAAGCAACACAACUAUACAUUUUCAACCAACUAAAAUUGUUUGUGAUAUACUAUACAUACCUUAUGUAUAGAGAUGAAGAUGUUAC